GCUGCACGCCGGCCUCCCAGGCUCUCUCGCUCCCUCUCUGUUCCUGCUCUCCCCUUCUCCUCUAGCAUGCAGUCAGCCUGGUGCACAGGGACCACGGGAAACCUUUUCCUGGGCUGACAGUGCUUGCUCUCCCACGGCCAAAAGCUCUAACAGACCUUCAAAGUUAGAGCCGCGGAUCUGCUACUGCCCCACGCCCCUUCGCCCCACCUCUCUGAAAUUCCCAACCUUAGCAUACACUGCCUCUGGGUUUCAGAGUAAGGCGAAGCAGCUGGCAAAACCUCUUUGGCUUUCUCUUCACUAUCCUCUCGGCUAGGUACACUAGCUCACUGAAGACUCUGCAGAUACACCCCUAUAAAAGGGAGGGGGAGGCAGAGAGGGGAAAGGAGAAAGAGAGAAUGAGGAGAGAAUGCCAGGUCUGUGCCUCUGCCUAGAGUCCCAAUCAGAUGCUAUGGUUUGAGCCUGGCCAAGGUGAAGGAAAGUUGCUUCCACGCCUGGGAAGUGUGUUUGCCUGUAAAGAGAAAGAGAGGGACUCAGCUGGGAACCGCGCCCCUCCCGACUACGAAAGACCACUGGGUCCCCCCUUUUCCCAACCUCUUUUCUCUCUUCUGCUCCCACCCUCCCUUUUCCCACUCCCCACUGACUCGGAGGCCUGGAUGUUCUGCCACCGGGCAGUGGUCCAGCUAGCAACUGGGAGGGGGCGGUGGCAGGGGCAGGGGGCACUAUGACAGGAAACGGCGCGCACAAGUUGGCCAUUUCGGGGGCAAAAUAAGUUCUCCUUGGAUUUGGAAAGGACAAAGCCAGCAAGCUACCUCUUUUGUGUCGGAUGAGGAGGACCAACCAUGAGCCAGAUCCCGGGUGCAGGCUCAGCCGCCGCCGCUGCCACCACGGUCAGCUCCAGACCCUGCCAGGAGUUGUCGGUGCGAGGAAUUUGGUGACAGGAUCUGCUAGUCUGUUCCUCCCUUAUAUGAAGGACAGGACAAAGAUCCAGUUUGGAAAUGAGAGAGGAAGACUAGUGGGCAACAUUGGUUCUGUCCAUUGAUAUCUCCAAGAGGUACAGAAACAGGAUUCAUGAAGAUGUUGACAAGACUCCAAGUUCUUACCUUAGCUUUGUUUUCAAAGGGAUUUUUACUCUCUUUAGGGGACCAUAAUUUUAUGAGGAAGGAGAUUAAAAUAGAAGGUGACCUUGUGUUAGGGGGCUUAUUUCCUAUUAAUGAAAAAGGCACCGGAACUGAAGAAUGCGGACGAAUCAAUGAAGACCGAGGGAUUCAACGCCUGGAAGCCAUGUUGUUUGCUAUUGAUGAAAUCAACAAAGACGAUUACUUGCUACCAGGAGUGAAGUUGGGCGUUCACAUUUUGGAUACAUGCUCAAGGGAUACCUAUGCAUUAGAGCAAUCACUGGAAUUUGUCAGGGCAUCUUUGACUAAAGUGGAUGAAGCUGAGCAUAUGUGUCCUGAUGGAUCCUAUGCCAUUCAAGAAAAUAGCCCACUGCUCAUUGCAGGCGUCAUUGGCGGCUCUUACAGCAGUGUUUCCAUACAGGUGGCAAACCUGCUCAGGCUCUUCCAGAUCCCUCAGAUAAGCUACGCGUCCACCAGCGCCAAGCUCAGCGACAAAUCGCGCUAUGAUUACUUUGCCAGGACUGUACCCCCGGACUUCUACCAGGCCAAAGCCAUGGCUGAGAUCUUGCGUUUCUUCAACUGGACCUACGUUUCCACGGUGGCCUCCGAGGGCGACUACGGGGAGACCGGGAUCGAGGCCUUCGAGCAAGAAGCCCGCCUGCGCAACAUCUGCAUCGCCACCGCGGAGAAGGUGGGCCGCUCCAAUAUCCGGAAGUCCUAUGACAGCGUGAUCCGCGAGCUGCUGCAGAAGCCCAAUGCGCGUGUGGUGGUCCUCUUCAUGCGUGGGGAUGACUCGCGAGAGCUUAUCGCAGCCGCCAACCGCGCCAAUGCCUCCUUCACCUGGGUGGCCAGCGACGGCUGGGGCGCGCAGGAAAGCAUCGUCAAGGGCAGCGAGCAUGUGGCCUAUGGUGCCAUCACCCUGGAGCUGGCCUCGCAGCGGGUGCGCCAGUUCGACCGCUACUUCCAGAGCCUCAAUCCCUACAACAACCACCGCAACCCCUGGUUCCGGGACUUCUGGGAGCAGAAGUUCCAGUGCAGCCUCCAGAACAAGCGGAACCACCGGCGCACUUGCGACAAGCACCUGGCCAUCGACAGCAGCAACUAUGAGCAAGAAUCCAAGAUCAUGUUUGUAGUGAAUGCUGUUUAUGCCAUGGCCCACGCCCUGCACAAAAUGCAGCGCACCCUCUGUCCCAACACCACCAAGCUCUGUGAUGCUAUGAAGAUUCUGGAUGGGAAGAAGUUGUACAAGGAUUACUUGCUGAAAAUCAACUUCACAGCUCCCUUCAACCCAAAUCAAGAUGCAGAUAGCAUUGUCAAGUUUGACGCUUUUGGAGAUGGAAUGGGACGAUACAACGUGUUCAAUUUCCAGCACGUGGGUGGCAAGUAUUCCUAUUUGAAGGUGGGUCACUGGGCAGAAACCUUAUCACUAGACGUCGACUCUAUCCACUGGUCUCGGAACUCAGUCCCCACUUCCCAGUGCAGUGACCCCUGUGCCCCCAACGAAAUGAAGAAUAUGCAACCAGGGGAUGUCUGCUGCUGGAUCUGCAUCCCCUGCGAGCCCUACGAAUACCUGGCUGAUGAGUUUACAUGUAUGGGCUGUGGCCUCGGGCAGUGGCCCACUGCAGACUUAUCUGGCUGCUUUGAUCUCCCUGAGGACUACAUCAGGUGGGAAGAUGCCUGGGCCAUUGGUCCAGUCACCAUUGCCUGCCUGGGUUUUGCGUGCACAUGCGUGGUUGUGACUGUUUUUAUCAAGCACAACAACACACCCUUGGUCAAAGCCUCAGGCCGAGAGCUCUGCUACAUCUUGUUGUUUGGGGUUGGUCUAUCCUAUUGCAUGACAUUUUUCUUCAUUGCCAAGCCGUCACCAGUCAUCUGCGCAUUGCGCCGACUGGGACUGGGGACAUCCUUUGCUAUCUGUUACUCAGCCCUGCUGACCAAAACAAACUGCAUUGCCCGCAUCUUCGAUGGGGUAAAGAAUGGCGCUCAGAGGCCAAAAUUCAUCAGCCCAAGUUCUCAGGUUUUCAUCUGCCUGGGUCUGAUACUGGUGCAAAUUGUGGUGGUGUCUGUGUGGCUCAUCCUGGAGGCUCCAGGUACCAGGCGGUACACCAUUCCAGAGAAGCGGGAAACGGUCAUCUUAAAAUGCAACGUCAGAGAUGCCAGCAUGCUGAUCUCACUCACCUACGAUGUGGUCCUGGUGAUCUUAUGCACUGUGUAUGCCUUCAAAACGCGGAAGUGCCCAGAAAAUUUCAAUGAAGCCAAGUUCAUUGGUUUUACCAUGUAUACCACAUGCAUCAUCUGGCUGGCCUUUCUCCCUAUAUUUUAUGUGACAUCAAGUGACUACAGAGUGCAGACGACAACCAUGUGCAUAUCCGUUAGCCUAAGCGGCUUCGUGGUCCUGGGCUGUCUGUUUGCACCCAAGGUGCACAUCGUCCUGUUUCAGCCCCAGAAGAAUGUGGUUACACACAGACUACACCUCAACAGGUUCAGCGUCAGCGGAAGUGGGACCACGUAUUCUCAGUCUUUAGAAGCAAAGGGGCUUCCCAGAGCCGGUCCCCACAGACAGACAACCAAGAAGGGAUGCUGUGAAUCCUCUGCAGGCGUGUACGUCCCGACAGUGUGCAACGGGCGGGAAGUCCUCGACUCCACCACCUCCUCCCUGUGAUUGUGAAUUGCGGUUCAGUUCUUGUGUUUUUAGACUGUUAGACAAAAGUGCAGCCCCGGAAUAUGGAAACAGAGCAAAAGAACAACCCUAGUACCCUUUUUUAGAAACAGUACAAUAAAUUAUUUUUGAGGAUUGUACAGUACAUAGUGAUGUGUUAGGACUUUUUAGGCUGAUUUUAGUGCUCCUAUUGUUAACGAUUCCCCAGAACAUGGAAAGAACCUUUGUUUACAGAGCUGAGCAUUGGUGACAAGGUCUGACAGGGUCCGUCUACUAAAAACUAUGGUGGCAAUAUUAGAUACCUUUUUUUCCUAUAAAGUUUUUGUAGGUUCUUGUUGUAACUAACUUAGGAUGAGUUUCUAUGUUGUAUAUUAAAGUUACAUUAUGUGUAACAGAUUGUUUUUCUCAGCACAAAAUAAAAAGCAUCUGUAUUAAUGUAAAGCUAUGAAGAA